AAUGACUGGCCAUGCAUAUUCAACAUUUUUCAUUUUCUGAAAGCUUCUUGCCACCGAGCUCGUGUGUGUGUGACUUUCUCUCCCGUCUUUCCAAGUUCUAUCUCCUCUUCUCUACCGGCAGCAACAGACAACAGGCUGACGCUUCCGCAAGGAAUCUCAGAGGCGGAGCGGCUAGUGGCGCUGGCAAUGGCGGGAAUUGGAUAGCGCGGAUCGCUGAAUGAAUCCAGGACACCAUGGACCGGGAGGUGAGGGAGUUGCGCUUGAACCGUAGAGGCACGGGUGGCGCUCGACAAGCAGCGGCAAACAACAGGGUGGCACGCGACAGACUGUCGAGCAUUCCCUCUCUGCCAGCAUUACCUCCUGGUGGUGCAGUCGUAGGAGUUGUGGGAGGAACGGUGCCCCUGCGCGCCGCUCCCGACCAAUGGUUCACGAGCGCCGAACCGAUGCCGCACGUCGCACCGGGCGUAUCCGACCAUGAGAGGCGCAGGGAGCCAACUGGACAGGCACGGAGCUCCAACCGGACUGCAGCAGCAGCGGCGGCGACAUCAGACACCACUCGUGAACCACCACCACGUCGACGACAGUGGGAGCAUGAGCGACGGCUGCCACCUGUACCACCGCGCGUGUGGAGACGACCGCCCGACAUUCCGCUGACCGACAAUACGUUUGUGCACAAGUACCCGGAGGACAUCAUAGGUCGCGACGCCCUGGAUGUUGUGCUGGAGUGGAGGGCCCGCCUCGGUUGGAGCACCACGCCCGACGAGGACGCAAGUUUUGAAACAGGCAUGCCUCUCCGUCCCGAGUACAUUGCCGAGCAGAUAGCUAAAAAGAAGCGCCCAGACCCUGGCAUCAAGGCCAAGGUUGACACGGGUCUCAAGUCGCCAACCGAGCUGAAGUUCGUCAACCAAGCGAGUUACGAGUGCGGCGUGCUGAUGACGUGCGUGGCUGCCUUCCCCGAUCUCUACACUCUGAUUAUUACCGAUCCGUCUAAACCGCAGCCCAACGACUUCUUUCACGUCACGGUCUUUGGCAUCAAUCGGCUAGAACACAAGAUAACGGUGGAGUCGUUUCCGAUUUUGCGCUUUGCCUGGGAGCGUGCGCGGACAAGGCACUUGCUGGCAAUCCCAUACUUCAAGUACUUAAGGGCCAGAGUUGUAUUCAGAGAGUGGAAGAACUACACACGCGCUCGGAAGCGUCAGGCUGUUAGGUCAGCUCUAAUGAAGACGACCGUGCCGGGCAAUGCAGAGAUGCAGGUGGGCUGGGUGAAGGUCCAGACCCUUUGCCAGGCAUUCUACCCGAGGCAAGACCGCCUCGCUCCCAUGAACAACGCCUGGCUGGAGAUGCCGCUGAAAGAGAUCUGGAAGAACAUGGCCUGCACGUUCCAUUCCGUGCAUUAUGCGUACCGCAAGGACCAGGAAAAGCUACCGUAUCCUGCGUUUGGCUGCGUGCACGACAGAUUUGUCAGCAAUGCAGUUGACGAGGCCAUGCCUGUUGAGGAAUACUUCAAGUAUAUCGACACACGGCUGGACCUGUUGGAGAAGAAGCAGCAGGAUUUGGAGCGGCAGGUGGUCAUUGCCAUCCACCAAGUCUGUGUUGAGACAUUGGUCGCCCGGAACUUUCCCGAUUUCAUUCCAAAAGCACAUCGCACCCAGCGGGUCAUUGACGCUUGCGACAACUUAGUUCUGGACCCAGUGUUUGAUAUGCAGAUGGGUCGAGAGAACAGGUUCCGAGGUGUGAUAAAGGAGCUGCGGGACUUCACGCAAUCCGUCGAAUGUCAGCUACAGGCGAUGCUCAAGUCGGCCGCAUUCAGUAUUUUCGAGUCGUUUCUUUUCAAUUUCCUGCAUGCAACCUUCUACGAGGAUGGACCACCCGACUUUGCAACUCCUGGCAUUGUCACGGGGGACGAAUAUAAAGAGCUCAUCAAGCAGUUCUACGAUGACGAGCCCCUGCCGUUAUGGGCGUUCACGGUCGUUGAUAGCAAUGACAAAGUCAGGCACAUGCCGUUGGAGAGAGAAGAGAUAAAGGUUGAACGACCGUAUGGCGGUGACAAGAGAGCGGAGUACCUGAAGAAGGGCACCUUCAAACGCAAGUCCAAGCCAGUUCUGUAUGUCGACGAAGGUGAAGGGCCGACAUAUGUGAGCCCAGGGCCGGACAUAGUAGGCUAUCACCUGCAGAAGAUGAUGACGAAGAUCACCGAUCUGGUGAAGAAGUUCCGCCGGCCCAGUCAUUACAAUGCACUGCAUUCCUACGUGACCAUGCCAGAACAGCUGGUGAACCAUUUCGAAGACACCGACAAAUACCGACCACCGACCAGUGAGAGACUGCUGACGGUCCAGCAGGUAGAGCAGCUAGAAGGCCUUGACGUCAUGAUGAAGAUCAUGCACCGUACAGCCGAGACAGCCCUGACCAGAGCCAUUAAGCAGCUAGAGGUGUUUGAAGAUGCCGUGGACAUCAGUGAUGACAUUAAUACGCUGUCGGAGGUCGGUGAGCUGACCGCGGAGCAUGCGGAAGAGUUCCGUGAACGACUAGCGCGGCACAAAGACCAGAUCAGCGCAGUGGUGAAGGUUCCCAAGUACAAGAGAGUCGGUGCCGUGAUGCUGGAUGCCCGCCAGCUGCACCAGACAAUGCAGCAAUGCCCAGAGAUCCAGUAUGACAAGACACGUGAAGCUCUGCUUGGCGCUGCCAUCAAGCAGAACGAGGAAGUGGCAGACACCAUCAGGGACUCGUAUGUGUCGGUCCGAGAUGAACCGCGCAACGUCAACGAGGUUGUGUCAAUGUAUCGGGUAAUUCACCGUCUGAUCGAGGGUCUGCCGCGCCUUGAGCAGAGCGUCGAGGCCACCAAGAAACUUUUUGAACUCGUCAAGGACUACGACGUGUCGAUUCAGGGCGAAACCAUGGCGUCAUACCGAAACACUCUCCGUGACUUGGACAAGUAUAGGACGGUGCUGAGAGAGCGCGAUGCAUCUAAGGAUCUCAUGAUGCAAGAGUUCGGCGAUUCGCUCGAGCAAGAGCUGCAAACGAUGCGUCAGAACAUGAGCAAUCUCAUCCAGGAGACACAGCACCCGGAGCUGCUUGAUGACGAGACAUCAGAGAAGCAGGCACUCCUCAUGAUCGGGUCGAGAGAAAGGCAGCACGAGGACCUCACAGCGCUCAUCACUCGUUUCGCAGACUACUUGCAGGAGUUUCGCAACUCGGCCACAAGUGCGAGCUCUCGCACUCGCCGCUUUGUCAAUACUGAACACCUUGACAAGAAGCAAGAAAUCCUGGACGAGGUGCGAACCUGGCUAAGGAACUGCAAACAGAAGCUCCUGCUCCUCAAACAACUCUGGACUAGUCGACAGCGAGUCAAGGAAGUCUGGGAAAGCGGUGACAGGGUUCCAACACAGGAAGAACUGGAGGACAUGCAAACCGAAAUUACUCGACUAGCCCAGAUCAAGCUUACGCUAGAAAGAUCUUGGCCGGAUAGCUCCGCCGUGAAAGCACUGACCGGUGAUGUGAACAAACUCAAGGACAUUCUGCCGCUCAUGGGCCAUCUCAGCAACCCGUCGCUGUGUGACCGCCAUUGGAAGAUGAUCGGCGACAAGUGUCCCAGAUUGCAGCUCACAGCCAAAUGUACUCUCAACGGUGUAUUGGCAGCCGGGGAUGGAGUCAAUGCUGAUGUGAUCUCGGAGAUAGCAAUACGGGCCACGCAGGAAGCCGCAGUGUCGACAAUGCUGCAAAAGAUCAAGAAGAGCUCGUAUGGUCUGAUGUUCACACUUGAAGCUUGCAAGGAGUACGAGCGUUGUACACUGGUGACAGAUACCGACAUGCUGCUGGUGACACUGGAAGACAACGCUGUGGUGAUGCAAGGCCUGGUCACGUCCAAGUUUGGGGCUCACAUACGCGCGGAACUGAAGGAGUUUGAGGUCAUCCUGAACCACACCAUCCAGGGUGUCACGCAGUGGCUGAUGUUUCAGAAGAACUGGCUGUUCCUCAUGAGCGUGUUGUCAUCGCGUGACGUGCAAAGACAACUGGUCCGCUCAUACACGCUUCUCAAGAAGGCCGAGCAGAGAUAUCAGUUGCUCAUGGACAAUGUAGCGAAUGACCCCUCCGUCGUGAGGCAUGCAUCUGUGCCAUCCGUGAUUGAAAUGCUGGAAGCGAGCAAUGCAUCGAUGGACAAAGUGUACCGGUCGCUCGCGGACUACUUGGAGACGAAGAGGAUGGGAUUUCCCCGCUUCUUCUUUCUCAGUGACGAAGAGCUCACAGCUCUUCUGGCCAAUGUGAAGAACCCUCAGGCUGUGGAGGUCCACCUUAGGAAGUGUUUCUUCAACGUCCGCGACUUCAUGUGGGUGCAAGUGGCUGGAGGAAACCUUCUUGUUGGUGGAGCUACUUCACACGAAGGGGAAAUACUCAAGCUGGAGUGUGAGUUACUGGCUCGGGGCGAAGUCACAGGCUGGAUGGAGAGGCUGAGCCGAACACUACGCCUAGCAGUGAGCAAAGGUGUUGCCACGGCAAUUCAGACGUUUGAAAUGGAACCUACAAUGGAGUACCUCGAAGGCAAUCUUUCUCAGGCUGUGACUGUAGCUUGCCAAGUGCAAUGGGCACGUGCAGUGGAGCCAGUGCUCGGUGAGGCUAAUGUCGACCGCAUGAAGGCUCUCAAGUCCCAGUGGCGACAGCGCCUGGUGCAGCUAUCGGAGCUCGUCCUCAACGACAUGAAGCCAAACCAUCGCAACACCCUGACCAAUCUCAUUACGGUGGAGGUGCACCUGCGCGAUGUCAUCAAGAGCUUGAUCAGCGAGGCGCAACUCGGAGAGCAGCGGUUCCUUUGGGAGAGAACACUCAAGUAUGACUACUCGCUAUCUGCUGAGAAAACCGACCUGGCUCUGUGUCAGUGGCGAACCGCAGUGCGUUAUUGCAUGGAGUUUGUUGGUGCUGCUCCUGGACUUGUGAUCACCCCGCUGACAGACAGAUGCUUCUUGACCAUGAUGAUGGCACUGAAGCAGAACCUUGGUGGCGCACCGUCGGGCCCUGCCGGAACAGGCAAGACGGAAAGUGUGAAGGAGCUUGCAAAGGCAGCUGGCAAGUACUGUGUCGUGUUCAACUGCUCUGAGGAACUGGACUAUAGUAUGCUCGGUGGCUGGUUCUCCGGUAUGGUGCAAACCGGCGCCUGGCUCUGCAUGGACGAGUUCAACCGCAUUGAGCUCGAAGUACUGUCCGUCGUCUCAACAAUGCUUCGUGCCAUCAAGGUGGCCAAGCAAUGCCGCUAUACGAGAUUCCUGUUCAAUGGCAGUGACAUUGAACUGGAUCUUUCAUCGGCAUUCUUUGUUACCAACAACCCAGGGUAUCGCGGUCGCGUGGAACUGCCGCAGAAUCUGAAGGAGUACUUCCGACCGAUCGCAAUGACAGUACCCGACGCCGGCUCCAUCAUGGAAGUCGUGCUGUUCUCUGUCGGUUUCCGCAGUGCUCCCGCUCUGGCCAAGAAGGUGGUCAAGCUGUAUGACUCCGCAGCAGCGGCCUUCUCCAAGGCGCAACACUAUGACUUCGGUCUCCGUGCUAUUAAGUCAAUGCUGAUGGUAGCGGGCAAGAAGAAGCAGGAGUUUCUCAGGUCGGGACAGAAAGUCUCUUCUCUCUCAGCACUGGAGGCGCAGAUCAUUGUGGAUGCGUUGCAUGAGACAAAUCAGUCGAAGCUCAUCGCGGCAGAUAUGCCCACGUUCUCCUCGCUGGUGACGGCUCUCUUUCCCAAGACCACAGUGUCACCGUCCACUAGUGGCCUGCUGGAGCAUGCUCUGCUGAGUUCUAUUCGCGCUCUUGAUCUUGUCGAGGACGGCAAGCAGUUGGCAAAGGCACUGCAGCUGCACAACACCAUGCACGUCAGGCACGGUCUGAUGUUGAUAGGUCCCGCCGGUGGAGGCAAAUCUACCAUUUUGAAAGUCUUGGCCGGGGCACUGGAUAAAGUCAUGUCUGUGCGUGCCAGGCUGCUAGAUGCCCUGCUCUCAAAGCAUAAAGCACACCGCAAGACUACCAAGCUGGACUACUUGGACGACGCCAAUCGGCCCGAUGAGUUUGUCCUGCCAUCCGACAUCAAGAGGACAUCGACAAAGAGACGCUACAAGGGCAUAGACUGUGCCACUGUGCAUCCCAAGUGCAUGUCCAUCAAGGACCUGUACGGUGCAGCGGACAAGUCCAGAACGGUGGUAUGCGAUGGACUUGUCACGCGUGUUGUGCGCUUGUUUGAACAGCAGCUCAGCCAGGCUGCCAAGGUUUACCUACCCUACGAGAAAGAGCAAGAAGAGAAAGCUGCCAGAAAUCCCGGCAGGAGGGACGGCGGGGGUUCGCGUAAAACUACAGCGCAAUCCACCGCAGGUUCCGUCAGCGGCGAACAUUCCACCGAGGAGUACAUGGAGUUUGAUAAGAGUGUUGCCCCGUACGGCUGGCGCUGGCUAGUCCUCGACGGCCCGGUAGACAGUAGUUGGAUUGAGAAUCUCAACACAACCCUGGAUGACACCAAGAUGCUGUCGCUGGCCAGCGGUGAACGCAUCUACCUGGUGCCCGGCAUGCGGAUUAUUUUUGAGGUGGAUGACCUGGAGAACGCCUCACCGGCCACGAUCAGCCGCUGUGGCAUGGUCUACGUGGACUCUGGUGAGUUGGACUGGAGGAUUCUUGUCAGGAAAUGGCUUCAGUCUUUGCCCAAAUCGCUGACGGACGACGACCGCAAGCAGCUGAACGGCUUGUUUGAAGCGGUGGUGGACAGCGGCAUUACACUGGUUGAGCGUUACAAGCACGUCAUGCCUGUUACCAUGACAACGACAGGCCUGAUAACAACGCUGAUGGCACUUCUCUCAGGGUUCCUGGAGUACGUCGAGAGCCACGGAGGCUACGCUACUAAUGCUCCUGCCGAGCCCAAGACCAAACGCCAGUCAAAGUGGAAGGCUAGAGUGCAGAAGGCCAAGAUUGUGACCAUCCUCUCGCACUCCUUAGAUGCCCGAAUGGCGUUGAUCGGCAGAAUGUUUGCAAUGGCGUAUGUCUGGUCUUUUGGCACUGUCUUUCAGCAGGAUGUUGAGGUUGAGACGACCAACCUGGGUAGUGGACCGAUGCCCCUCAGCAACUUGCCUGUGAUAUUUGACAUGCACGUGCGGAAUCGCCUCAGUGGCUCACCGCCACUUGGCGUGCGUUUCCCACCACAACCAUCACGCCUGAUUGAUUAUGUGCUUGAUUUCGACUUGGGCCAGUUUAUCAAGUGGAACGAAUACAUUCCGGAGAUGGACUGCACCAAGCUGCCAACGUACGAUCCUCUCGCGGGCAAGGUCUUCAACACGCACAACUUCUUCGACACUCUCUUCGCGGACACGCGCAUUCUAGACAACCUGUUGCUGGCCACGCCCGAGACGGCGCGCACGGCCGUCAUCGUGGCCCUGUUGCUGCGGCAACGGAGAUCUGUGCUGCUCACCGGCGAGCCUGGCUCUGGCAAGAGCAUGCUGCUGCAGCGCUGCAUGGCGCGCUUCUGCACGGUCUCGGACGGCUUUGACGGUCACCAGAACCUGGUAGAAUCCUACCUGAGCCACAGUAACUACCGUAUGGUACACGCACUGCGAGCUACCAUCGCACCGGAGCCCACGCUGGAGGUGAAGGACGAUGACGCUUCGGACGACGAACCAUCGGGUCCCAGUGCUUCCUGGAUUUCAAACAUCGCCCACUGUACAUUGAGCACAACGCCGAGUACUCUGCGGCAGCGCUGGAUGCGGUCCGUCGUCAAGAAGCAGAGAAAGGUCUACGUGCCGCCGGCAGGAAAGCAGCGCUUGCUCCUAGCCGUGGAGGACCUGCACAUUCCCGAGCCGUCCAGCAGUGGUUUGGUGACAGAAACCGUGCGACAGUACCUGGACACCGGUACCAUCUAUGACAGACGAAGCAACUGGAUGAUGCUGGAAGACUGUGCUGUGGUGGCCACGUGUAAAUCCCAUGCAAAGCUAUCUCCACGUCUCUUACGUCACUUCUGUUCAGUUCAUCUCCGGGGUCUGGACACGAAAACACUACAGGGCUUGUACGCCUGCAUCCUGCGAUUGCAGUGGGCGGACAAGUUCUCUUUGGAGCUGAUGAACUUGGUCCCAACACUGGUCAACGGCGUUGUGUACGUGUGCGAGCGAAUCCAAAAGGAGCUGCACCCCACGCCAUCCAGACCGCACUACAUUUUUGACUCUCGAGACAUCAACAAGGCUGUCCUUGGAUUACGGUGUGCCACCUCCUCAAUCAUGGACAACAGGGAAUCGGCCAUCAAGCUGUUGUCCUUUGCCCUGCGCUGCACGUUCCGUGACCGGAUCAAUGAUCACCUGGAUCUAAAGAAGUUCACAGAGAUUCAUGAUGACAUGUUACGUGUCAUUUUUGAAAUGGUAUUGGUUGUCCGCGAAUCAUUUCUGCGUGAUGAGAGGGUGGUUACGGACCUUCUAGAUGCUGCGCUAAGUCCACCUCCUCGCAACCUGGCCACGGUUGCAGAUCCCACUGUGCUGAAUGUCGCACUGAAACAAUGCCAAGAGCAGUACAACUUGACCAAGGGAGUACAGCCCUUGACGCUCGUAUUCUUUGACACCAUCUCGAGGCAUGUUGUACGUCUGUCUCGCGCUAUGAAUCAGCCUGGAGGCCAUGCCGUUCUGAUUGGAUUGGUGGGCACAGGCAGGGCAUCGGUAGCGCGGCUUGUAGCACUAAUGGACCACCUGGAGUGGAGUGAAGUCAGCGGCAGCGGUACCGGUGACAUGCAGGCCGCAUUCAAGACCUGCUACCGAGACGCAGUGCGACGUGCUGUCGGCGAGGAUAAGGGCACAAUGAUCUUUGUAUCCACUGCACAGCUCUCCAAGUCUCAGCUCAGUCACUUGGACGCCGUCACCACAGUGAUGCAGCAUGGUUGGCUGCCGGGCAUAAUUGAGCACUUGGAAGCCGAGGCACUAGUGCAAGCCGCAGAGCGACGUAGCCAUCAGCCCUGGCAGACAAAGAGGCCCGCCAGUGGCCAUCAGCCCAGGCAGACAAAGAGGCCCGCUAGUGGCCAUCAGCCCUCGCAAACAAAGAGGCCCGCCAGUAGCAAGUCUAUGACAGCAGAACCUGACCAUGAGGAAAAGUUGAAGGAGUGUGCCAUGCGCCAUAUUCACAUAGUGGUAGCGGUAAGCUCCGCCGGCCAGCUGUUUCGUCAAGUCUGCCUAUCACACCCGCAGCUACUGACUUCAGCCCUGUCGGUGAACUGGUUUGAACGGUGGGACGACAUGGCAUUGUUACGUGUUGCCUUUGAAGGCCUGAAAGACAUGCAGGUGCCGAUGGUCACCGAUGAGGGCACACUGAAGAAGUUACGCGAAGUAGCUGUGCGGGCCUGUGUGCGCAUGCACAACGAGGCGUGUAAGCUGCAGCAGGAGGUGGAGGAUAUGGGUGGGCAGAUGAUGUACAUCACGCCCAACAUCUACCAGCUGUUCAUUCAGACCUACCUGAAACAGCUGCACGCAAUGGGCGAGCACUGGGGAGAAAGAAAAAAUCGCCUGGAGAAGGGUGGAGAACAACUUGCUUCCUCCUCCGGUUACAUCGAGAAGCUGAAGAAGGACAUUGAAACUCUCCAGCCACAGCUGGAUGAAAAGAAGAAGGAUAUGGACCAGCUGUUACAGGAUCUUCUUGCUAAGAAAACUAAUAUCGAUGAACAAGGUAGAAAUAUCGAACGGGAGCGAAAUGAACUCGACGGAGAGAAGGCCAGCCUUGAGAUUGAAGUUGAUAAAGCAACCGAGGCAGUGGAGAAAGCCAAACCUGCUCUGGAAAGUGCACUCAAAUCGCUCGACUCGAUCAGCAAGCAAGACAUUGCUGAAAUCAGAAUGUACAACAAACCUCCACAAAUGGUGGUGAUGGUGAUGUGUGCCGUGUGUGAGCUACUGGAUGUGAAGGCCGAAUGGGAGGCAGCCAAAGGACUGCUCAUUGAGGCUAACUUCACCCACAGACUGGUCUCCUACGAUUGUGACCGGGUAUCCAAUCAGAUGCUCAAACGACUCUCCAAAUAUACAUCUGAUCCCUCAUUCACCCCGGCACAUCUCAAGCGAACAUCUGUUGCAUGCCAGUCGCUGUGCGGCUGGGUAAUAGCGGUGGAUGACUUCUGCAAAGCAAAGAGGAUUCUUGACCCACGCCUGAGGGCACUGAAUGAGACUCACGAGGAGCUCAAGGAGGCAGAACGCCGUCUUGGCGCCAAGACGGAGCAACACGUGAAGGUCUUGCAGCGCAUCAGCGACCUAGAGGCGGCUCUGAAGAGCAAGGAGUGUGAAUAUGAAGCGCUGGAGCUCGAGAUAACCAAGAGCCACGAGCACCUGAACCGUGCACUGCAGAUCCUGGACGGGCUCAAUGACGAGGCGACUCGCUGGGCUGCGCUGGCCUGGAAAGCCAAUGCCAACUUGCAGAGUGUCCUGGGAGAUGCCAUGCUCACAGCGGCCGGUUUGGUCUACGCUGGUGUGCACAACGCCGGGUUUCGUAACGCUCUGUUUGAGCGGUGGCAGCAGGUGCAAAGCUUGCCGACAUCCACCGAAUACUGCUUUGUGUCCACACUUGAGCCCCAGACUAAGAUUCAUAACUGGGUCAGUCUGGGCUUGCCACACGAUGCCCACUCAAGUGAAAACGCAGUCAUCCUUACUCACUGUAAACGCUGGCCACUGCUCAUUGAUCCACAGCACCAAGCCAGAAGGUGGCUGACACAGCUGCAGAAGGGAAUCGAAAUCAUUGAUUGGCAACAACCUCAAGCCAGAUCGCUGGUGGGACGUGCUAUGGCCUUUGGCAGCACCAUCUUGAUUGAGAAUGUACCCUCGGUCAUUGACGCCACGCUGAAGAUAUUCAUUCAGAGUUCUCAGAAAGCCAGGGACACCGGUGCAGUUGUGUCGUUCAGCGACGGUAUCACUCUGGUUGACUGCAAUCCAGCAUUCGGGAUGUAUCUGGUGAGUGCCGAAAUGAAACCUAACUACUUGCCCGAGGUCUUCUGUCUAACCACUGUCAUCAACUUCACCAUUACUCUCGAUGCUUUGAAGGAUCAGCUGCUGACAGAUAUCCUGUCUUACGAAAUGCCCGAGCUGGAGAAGCGGCGGCCAGAGCUGCUGCAAGAGAUAUCUGCAUUGCAGCUGGAGUUGGAAGCAGUUGAGAAUCAGAUGCUGACAGUCUUCGAAGAAGGUGGCAGUGUGUUGCUAGAGGAUACCAGUGCUGUGGAGCAGCUGAUGCGUUGCAAGGAGACAGCCAGCAACGUGGCAAAGAAAAUGGAAUCGGCCGAGAAAGCACAGUUGGAAGUGGAGAAUGGACGGGCGUAUUACAGAGGGAUUGCGAAGCGAGGCGGUGCUGUUUUUUCCGCCAUCCAAGACCUGCCAUCAUUAUCAGGCCUGUACCACGUAUCCAGCCAGCUGUAUCGAAAGGGCUUCAUCGCCGCCGUGCUCAAGGCUCGCGAGAUCGUGACGGAAACCGACGAGACGCGACGCGACACGAUCGUCGACAUCUUUGUGGCGGAGGUCACACGUGUGGGCUUCGGCUUGGUGCUGGGCAGCCUGGCAGAGCAGCAUCAGCACGUGUUUGCACUGCUCGUUGUUGUGCAUGUUCUGCUGGAAGACCAGGUGGACAAGAAGCAGAGCUCUCUGCUUUGGGAAACGCUAAUCCAGGCACCUCUCUACGACAGCAAGCCCAGCAUUGGACGUGGUGGCGAACACGAGCAUCUCGCGGGCCAUCAGUCGCUGGCGGAGGUGUUCAGUGCUGUCCGUGAGCAAGGGGGAGAGAACACGGCAGCGUUUGUCCCAUUGUAUGCUGGCGGUGGUGGUGGCCCGGCAAAGCCACCCAUCAGCUGGCUGACAACACGCCAGUGGCGGCAAGUUCAACAUCUUGACGCUAAACUGACGUUUGCCUUCAAGGGAAUAUGCCGCCACAUGUUGACACAUCCAACAUACUGGGAACGGUUUGUGGAGGGCAGCAUCAACACAGUCCAGUGGAAGCUAACGGCUGCAGAUCUAGCAGGAGCAGCUGCAGCCGGCGCUCAGGAUACCAGAAAGGAAGGAGAUGUGGUGCUUGAUGACCUCUCGCCCUUGUGCAAGCUCAUUCUUGUUCGCAUUCUCCGACCAAACUGCUUGCUGGAGUUUGUCAAGGACCUCGUGCCAAAAGUACUGGAAAUCGAUGAGCUGCCAUCACCCUUGACUCUGUCGGAAACCUUUGACAUCUUUGACUACCAUACUCCACUCAUGCUUAUCGUUUCUGAAGGUUCUGAGGCAGUGAAGACAAUCCUGCGUGUUGCCAAAGCUCAAGAGAAUGCAGUAUCAGUUGUGAGCCAAGCCGUCGGCUGUAAUGGUGGCCCACUGGCUGACGAACUUAUCCAGAAGGCCAAAGAAAUUGGAAACUGGGUAGUGCUGCAAAACUGCCACACGGCAAAGUCAUGGAUGGAUAGACUUGAUCAAAUUGUAGCCCGGGACGUUGUGAACAACGAGAACCUACACCCGAACUUUCGCUUGUGGCUGACCGUGGAAGCAGUGGAGUCGACUAUGCCGCCAACAAUACUACAGAACUGUGCUAAGUACACUAUGAAGAGCAGAUCUGGGUUCUGCGAGAAUGUACAGCGCCUGCUGGAUGGUGGCCGGGGCAUGUACCUGAGCAACGAGAAGUUUGAGGAGAUCGGCAAGGACGAGGAGGAUGAAGACCGGCAACAAUGGAAACAGCAGUGGAAACAGCUCAUGUUCAACAUGUGCUUGAUGCACUCUCUGCUGCUCGAGCACAACUCUGGCUAUCAGCAGAUGGCGUUGAACGAGGUGUACCAGUUCACGAACGCUGACUAUGCGUCCUCGUGUAAAACACUGUUGCUUGUGUGUCACGCGCACAAGCAGGUGCCGUGGAGAACGUUUGAGCACCUCAUUGGUGCUGUACUCUACGGUGGCCGCAUCACCGAUCCGCGGGAUCAUGUGACCGUGCAGGCCACACUGCGGCGCUUCCUAUCCGCAGCGGUGUUUGAACCAGACUGGAAGGUUGCGGGGAUUUCACUGCACAUGGAUGCUGAUGCCACUCUGCAAAGUUGUAGAGACCUGGUGAGGCCGCUGGGUGACGCAGACAUCGCAGCUCUGAUGGGCCUGCCGACGUACGCGCCGGCCCUGAUGGCCGAGAAGCACUGUGCCGUCUUUGUUGAGGAUCUGAAGAAGCUGCAACCGGAGUUCAUCAUGUCGGCUACACUCAGAGCAUCAGCGGAAGACACCGAGAGAUACCUAGUCAAGAUGUUAUCCAUCAUAACCGAUGCCAUUCCACUACCACUCCACCUGCAAGCACCAAAGUCGGAAGACACUGUUGGUAUCCUGGAGCGUUUCCUGCGCUCUGAGUGUCAGCAGUACAAUGACUUACUGGCGUUGAUCACACGUGACGUGCAGUCACUACAAGCCACACUGCAGGCCAGCAACCCGUCCAGUGCGUACCUGGACAUCCUUGCUAGGGACUUGCUUUCAGCCAGAGUACCCGACUGUUGGAAGAUGGCAUCGUACCCUACAUCACUGCUGCUGGGAGCAUGGCUCAGCAAUCUGAGCAAGCGAAUGACCUACAUGCGAAACUGUGUAGGUCACUUUGCGCUGAUUGUACGAUCACAACAGCAGCAUCAACAGCAACCGAGUGUUUUCUCCCGCAACCCGCGCGGUGGCCCCAAGGCCAGCGCUCUCAUCCAGCAGCUUAGCUUUAUCUACUGGCUCGGUGGAAUGUUCAAACCCAAAGCUUUCCUGACAACUCUCCUCAUGGAGUAUGCAAACCGAUCGGGUACACCCAUGGAGAAGUUGCAGAUGAAGUGGACAAUCAAGGGCAUCAUCACUCCGCAGUUGAAAAGAAAUCAAUUCUCAGAACGCAAGGGCCAGUCGGUCCCCGUAGACCUUGGCAAGGCUCAGCAGAAGUCAGCAGCAGGAACACAUCUGAGAACUGAUCCAAAGGCAGAAAAGAUCCAGAUCAAAGGCAUGGUAUUGUGCGGUGCCGGCUGGGACCCAGGCAGGGAAUGCCUACAAGAGCUGGACAUUGGGGAGCGCAACCAGGAGCUGGGCAUCGUAGAGUUGUGUAUUGAAGACCCGGCAAGCAGCAGCAGCAGCAGCAGCAGUGCCACGGGAAAGGAGCGGCCACCGACACGAGGAGCAACUCCUGGCAGGCGUUUUGCCGCCGCACAGCAGCUGUCGGCACUCGACAGGCAGCCACCCCCUCCACCGCAUCCACCACCACCAGGGACCAUACGGGUACGGCGUCCUAACAGCGGGCGCUCGGCGUCCUUCUCUGGCAUGCCACUCCCAACUGCUGGUCGAGAGGAUGGGCAGGGCGGUGGUGCAACUUUAGAAAAAACCAUCCCAGAAGAACCAUUAGAAGAACCAGCCACAGAAGCAGCGGUAAUGACUGAAGCAGCACAUGUCCUGUACACAUGCCCACUGUACAACUGUGCGAUGAACAGCUCCACACCGCACAGCGACAGUGCAGCAUCGACCACCAUGGAAGGCAACUUCAUCUGUGAGGUGCCGCUGCCGAGUGGCAGCCCCCAGGCAGACCAGGCAGGAGUGUGGACGAUGCGUGGAGUCGCACUGCUUUGCCAAGCACCACACUAAGUACAGCAAACAUGCACAUGUAACACUGAGUUCAUGAUAACUCUGAUACUCAGCAUACAUGAUGCAGAGU